AUGCCUUCCCUGCACCACGGAGCAAUCUUCAUCGGAGCCUUCCUCAUCGUAACCGGGGGCUCCACAGCCUUCUUGGUCACGUCCCAGAGCCGCUUACAGGCUUUCUCCCUCUGCUGCGUGGUUCUGGGGGUGGUCAUGCUCAUCCUGGGGCUGUUCUGGGCUAUGAACAGCAAAAGUGCCGCAAACUACAACCAUCAGGAGUUCGACCCAGAGUGUCCACAUUAUCUGUACAACGACUACCCCAACCUCGGCAGCCAUGCCCUCUUCACACCACCCGGGAGCCGCUUCCCAGAGUCCCAGUCAGUGUUUCUGCCCAGGACAAUGGAACGCCACAGGCACGGUGCUCGUGGUGAGGAAUUCGACUACCCUCCCAUGGACCACGGCGGUUUCAGCCCAUCGCCUCGUCCUCCUCCGUGGCUGGAACCCCCGCCUCCCUAUGAGGUUGCCAUCAAGACGACGUGCAGCUCAACACACCUGCGGCGUGCAUACUCAGACACACACCUGGCGACGGAGCCCCUGUUUGGACAGUCAAGAGAGAUCAGCUUUGAGGUGUGA